AUGGCAUCCUCAACGGAAAAGCAGCUGUCCUCCCCCACGACUACAAAGAUAGAUCUCUCGAAAAGACUCAUAAUGUCAGCCGGCAGAGGCCGACGACGAGGCUCCCAGCCAAACCAAGAACCCCCUCCCGACACUCCAGACCUCCCAAAGCCACCAAACCGAGGAUCUGUCCUUUGUACACAUCCAGUGCGCCGAAUCCUAUCCAGAGAGGACCAUGAAGCAUUCCUCUCCUCUCCCACAUACACUCUACUUCUCGCGUUUAUCUUCAAUUUGUCCGACAGUGUCCGGUUCACGCCCGUAUCUUCCAUAGAAAACGUACCCUCAUCCCCCACCGUCGUAAAAAUCCUCGACAUACUCGCAAAUAUAGAAACACUUGUCGAGAAGCACCCGUCCCUCGAUCAGAAUGGUUCGCGCUUUGGCAAUCCCGCCUUCCGCUCGCUCUUCGAUGAUGUGGCUGCACAGAGCCCUCAGUGGCAGCAGGGGAUAAUCGGUUUGGGUGGAAAUGAUGAUGAUGAUGAUGAUGAUGAUGAUGAUGAUGGUGAUGAUAAAACUACCGAUACCAAUACUACGGGGCCAGUUGACGAGCUGUCGACAUAUCUUGUGCACUCGCUGGGUUCCCGCAGCCGCCUCGAUUAUGGCUCUGGCCACGAGUUGAAUUUCGUCAUGUGGCUGCUUUGCAUGUACCAGCUAGAGUUACUCGAGCGGCAGGAUUUCCCCAUCUUAGUUCUGCGAGUGUUUGUUCGAUACAUGCAUCUCCUGCGCCGGAUACAGUCAACCUAUUACCUUGAACCUGCCGGCUCGCAUGGCGUCUGGGGUCUGGACGACUAUCAUUUCUUGCCGUUCCUCUUUGGCGCUGCGCAGCUAGUUGCCCAUCGCUACAUCACGCCUCUGGGGAUUCAUAACAAGGCCGUCUUGGACGAGGAGGGGGGCGACUGGAUAUAUCUGGAGCAGGUUCGAUGGGUCGAUAGUGUGAAGACAGUCAAGGGGCUGCGCUGGCACAGUCCCAUGCUGGACGAUAUCUCUGGCGCCAAGAGUUGGCAAAAGGUCGAGGCCGGCAUGAAAAAGAUGUUCGUCAAAGAGGUCUUGGGGAAGUUGCCUAUUAUGCAACAUUUCAUGUUUGGUGGUCUGAUACCUGCUGUGCCUGGGAUGGGUGAGCGGAAGGAUGAGUUGGAACAGGCUUCUGGGGAUGGGGAAGGCGAAGCUCACACGCAUCGCCAUUCUAAAGACACGGGUGGCGAUCACUGGGGAGAUUGCUGUGGCAUCAAGGUCCCUAGUGCGGUUGCUGCUGGGGAAGAGAUGCGGAAGAGACUGGGUGGUUCUACUCUACGGCCAAUUCCAUUUGACUGA